AUGGCCGAAGCACUAGUGACUAUUGAUGCCGAGGGGUUACUGAAAAAGGUGUUGACUAUCGCUGCCAGCGAAAUCGCCAUUGCUUGUGGUUGUGAAGAAAAGCUGAGCAGCCUUCACAGAACAUUGGAUCUGAUUCGUGCCAAGUUGAGCGACGCGGAAAGUCAAAAGGGAACACAAGCUGUGAUGGUGUGGCUGAAGCAGCUAAAAGAUGUAAUGGAUGAAGCUGAUGAUGUGUUGGACGAGGUUCAUUACGAAAUGUUGAGGUGUCAAAUAAAGAAACUAGAUCGGUUGUCAAGAAAGGUAUCGUGCCUUCUAAUCUUAAAGUUUUCAUUUCGUAAUGAAAUAGGUCAUAAAAUCCAAAACGUCAAUAAAACGUUGCUUGAGAUCUAUACACAAGCAAACGGUUUAGGACUACAAAAUGAACACCCAGCUGGUUCUAUUCCAGAUGGACUCUAUCGGGAGACUAUUCCACAUCCAGAAGAAUUCAAGAUUGUUGGGAGGGAUGAUGAUGUCCUACGUAUCAUAGAGCUUUUAACCCAAUCAAGAAAGGAAGAAAAACUUGCAGUUGUUCCCAUUGUGGGAAUGGUUGGUAUUAGGAAGAUAGCAUUGGCUAAGUUGGUCUACAAUGAUAAAAAAAUCGUGCAACAUUUUAAUGUUAAAGCAUGGUUGUGUGUGUCAGUUACGGUUGAUAUCAUCACUCUUCUUGCAAAGAUCUAUGAAUCUCUUGUUGGAUAG